GGAGUCUUGCUCUGUCACCCAGGCUGGAGUGCAGUGGCACAAUCUCGGCUGACUGCAAGCUCUGCCUCCUGGGUUCGCGCCAUUCUCCUGCCUCAGCUUCCGGAGUAGCUGGGACUACAGGCACCCGCCACUGCGCCCGGCUAAUUUUUUGUAUUUUUAGUAGAGACGGGGUUUCACCUUGUUAGCCAGGAUGGUCUCCAUCUGCUGACCUCGUGAUCCGCCCGCCUCGGCCUCCCAAAGUGCUGAGAUUACAGGCGUGAGCCACCGCGCCCGGCCAAUAUUAUUAUUUAUAAAAGAGACAGGGUCUUGCUCUGUUGCUCAGGCUGGAGUUCCGCACAAUCACAGCUCUCUGUGACCUCAUCCUUCUAGGUUCAAGCCAUUUUCCCACCCCUGCCUUCCGAGUAGCUGGGACUACAGACGUACAACACCACGCCGGGCUAAUUUUUGUAUUUUUUGUAGAGAUGGGGUCUCACUAUGUUGCCCAGGCUGGUUUGGAACUCCUGGGCCCAAGUGAUCCAUUCCUCUCGGUCUCUCAAAGUGUUGGGAUUACAGGCGUUAGCCACCGCUCCUGGCCUAUCAAUGUUUUUCAAAGCGAUAUCCCAGUACCACCAGAAUAAAAAUCACCAGUCCAAGGUAAAAAUGUCAGUUAAGCCCCAGGAGAUCCCUAAAGAAUUUGAGUCUACGGCUUUAAGACAGCCUUUUUUUUUUUUUUUUUUUUUUUUUUUUGAGACGGAGUCUCACUCUUGUUGCCCUGGCUGGAGUGCAGUGGCGCGAUCUCGGCUCACUGCAACCUCUGCCCCCUGGGUUCAAACAAUUCUGCCUCAGCCUCCUGAGUAACUGGGAUUACAGGCACGCUCCACCACCCCCGGCUAAUUUUUGUAAUUUAGUAGGGACGGGGUUUCGUCAUGUUGGCCAGGCUGGUCUCAAAGUCCUGACCUCAGGUGAUCCGCCCGCCUCAGCCUCCCAAAGUGUUUGGGAUUACAGGCGGGAGCUACCGCGCCCGGCCAAGGCGGCCUUCUUAAGAAGCGCGCGUAAAACCCCAACUUCCGGCUCUGGCUCUACGGCCGCUGGGGAUCUGAGUAGGCUCCUCCCCGCCCUGGCCCCGCCCCUCCCGGCCUCCCGCCGCAAUCUUGGCGGGAAGGCGCCGGCAGCUAAGAAGCCGAAAGAUGUCCAGGUCGGGCGCGGCGGCUGAGAAGGCGGACUCCAGACAGCGACCCCAGAUGAAGGUAAAUGAAUAUAAAGAAAAUCAAAACAUCGCUUAUGUGUCUCUGAGACCAGUACAGACUACAGUUUUAAUAAAAACAGCUAAGGUCUAUCUUGCCCCCUUUUCACUCAGUAAUUACCAGCUAGACCAGCUUAUGUGCCCCAAAUCCCUAUUAGAAAAGAAUUCUAACAAUGAAGUGGCAUGUAAGAAGACUAAAAUAAAGAAAACUUGCAGAAGGAUUAUACCUCCAAAGAUGAAAAACACAUCUUCCAAGGCAGAAUCCACGCUGCAAAAUUCAUCCUCAGCUGUUCAUACUGAAAGUAACAAGCUACAACCCAAGAGAACGGCAGAUGUGAUGAAUCUCAGUGUCGAUGUGGAAAGUAGUCAGGAUGGAGACAGUGAUGAAGAUACCACACCAGGCCUGGAUGAUUUUUCAGGAUUGUCACCCUACGAAAGGAAGAGACUGAAGAACAUAUCAGAAAACGCAGACUUUUUUGCUUCUCUUCAGUUGUCUGAGUCUGCUGCAAGACUCCGUGAAAUGAUAGAGAAGAGACAGCCUCCUAAAUCCAAGAGAAAGAAGCCUAAGAGAGAAAAUGGGAUUGGAUGUAGAAGGUCAAUGCGAUUACUAAAAGUUGAUCCUUCGGGAGUUUCAUUACCAGCAACUCCAACACUGCCGACAUUAGUAGCAGAUGAAACUCCUUUGUUACCUCCUGGGCCUUUAGAAAUGACUUCUGAAAAUCAAGAAGACAACAAUGAACGAUUUAAAGGAUUUCUGCAGACAUGGGCAGGAAUGAGCAAGCCAAGUAGUAAGAACACUGAGAAGGGGUUAUCUAGCAUUAAAAGCUACAAAGCCAAUUUAAAUGGCAUGGUCAUUAGUGAAGAUACUGUUUACAAAGUUACCACAGGCCCAAUAUUCUCUAUGGCUCUCCACCCAUCAGAAACUAGAACUUUAGUAGCAGUUGGGGCCAAGUUUGGGCAAGUUGGACUUUGUGAUUUGACCCAGCAACCUAAAGAAGAUGGAGUUUAUGUUUUUCAUCCUCAUAGUCAGCCAGUUAGCUGUCUUUACUUCUCACCCGCCAAUCCGGCCCACAUACUGUCACUGAGCUAUGAUGGCACGUUACGCUGUGGGGAUUUUUCCAGGGCUAUUUUUGAAGAGGUGUAUAGAAAUGAAAGAAGUAGCUUUUCCUCCUUCGACUUCUUGGCAGAAGAUGCCUCCACUUUAAUAGUAGGACACUGGGAUGGAAAUAUGUCACUGGUGGAUAGACGGACACCUGGAACUUCUUAUGAGAAACUUACCAGUUCUUCAAUGGGAAAAAUAAGAACUGUUCAUGUCCACCCAGUGCAUAGACAGUAUUUUAUCACUGCCGGAUUGAGGGAUACUCAUAUUUAUGAUGCAAGGCGAUUGAAUUCCAGGAGAAGUCAGCCUUUGAUUUCUUUGACUGAACAUACAAAGAGCAUUGCUUCCGCCUAUUUUUCACCUCUUACUGGUAACAGAGUGGUGACCACAUGUGCCGAUUGUAAUCUGAGAAUUUUUGACAGCAGCUGUAUAUCUUCUAAGAUUCCUCUCCUCACCACCAUCAGGCACAACACUUUCACUGGGCGAUGGCUGACCAGGUUCCAAGCCAUGUGGGAUCCUAAACAAGAAGACUGUGUCAUAGUUGGCAGCAUGGCCCAUCCACGACGGGUAGAAGUCUUCCAUGAGACAGGAAAGAGGGUGCAUUCGUUUGGUGGAGAAUGCCUUGUCUCUGUGUGUUCCAUCAAUGCCAUGCACCCAACUCGGUAUAUUUUGGCUGGAGGUAAUUCCAGCGGGAAGAUACAUGUUUUUAUGAAUGAAAAAAGCUGCUGAGUUUUUGGUUUAGGAACAUCAAUAUGUUCAAAUUGACCACUGUCUAAGGAGCCUAGUAAUUGGCGUGCCUUAGUGUGUUAUUUGGUAAUGUUACAUUUAGCAAAUAUAACAUUGUUUUAUUAAUAAGACUAUAAGAAGAGUGUACUUUUAGUAAGGGAGAAGUCUUGGAGGAUUGCUUCUGCGGGACGGGGAGGGAAUUUGAGGGGAGGCUGAGGUGCCUUCAGGACUUUUUUUUUUUUUUUGAGACGGAGUUUUGCUCUUGUUGCCCAGGCUGGAGUGCAAUAGCGCAAUCUUGGCUCACCGCAACCUCCGCCUCCCAGGUUCAAGCGAUUCUCCUGCCUCAGCCUCCUAAGUAGCUGGGAUGAUUACAGGCAACUGCCACCACACCUGGCUAUUUUUUGUAUUUUUAGUAGAGAUGGGGUUUCGCCAUGUUGGCCAGGCUGGUCUUGAACUCCUGACCUCAGGUGAUCUACCCGCCUCGGCCUCCAAAAGUGCUGAAAUUACAGGCGUGAGCCACUGUGCCUGGCCAUCAGAACUUUUAAUCAAGAGAGUAUGUUGAGAAAUUCUAACAUUAUAAAUGACAAAGCUUUGACUAUUAAAGUUUUUGUGAUCUAAUGAUA